AUGCGUCUCACAAACACAGUCUCCUUCCUCGCCCUCACCCUCACCAGCCCGCUAGCGGUACUACCUGUCAACGCAACAUCCACCACCACCGCACCCACCCCCGAUAAAUCCUGCGGCCCCUGUCAACACGGCUACGUCUGCAAGAAUGGCUCCUGCAUUCUCGACACUGAGCAUCUGACUAAUCCCCUUCAAAUUUUCUCGACCUUGUCUUCUGUCAAUCCUGGCGGUCCCAUACAGACCACCGGUAUGACGGUGAUUACUGGGACGAGCAGUGUCAUGUCCAUGUCCAUGUCCACGUCCACAUCCAUGUCUGCGUCCGCCACGGCCACGGCGUCGAUGACUUCUGCGGUUGGGUCUACGAUGUCUGGUGCGAGUGCGUCUGCUUCUGGGUCUGCGUCUGCGUCCGCGUCUGCGUCGGCCAGUACAACUCCUGCGUCUGCCGGGGGUAGGGUGUUGUCAGUCGAGUGGAGUGUGUGGUCGGUGCUUGGACUGGUCGCAGCUGGGGCACCGUUUGUUGUGUAG